AUGUCUACGGCACCGCUGCGCAUCCCUUCGGAUGCGUCGCGUCCUUCUACCGAAGCAGUCUCCGAAUCAGAUCAAGAGCCUAGGCAACAGGCCUGCAGAGAGGCCCCAGAUACCCACGCAUCGCCCACCGUACAGGACCUGCCCCCCAACAGUGCGCGCAUCUCCCUCCGAUCCCUUUGGCGACGGCAGCAUGCAUCGACGCCGCAGCGCGAGCCCCGAUCCAAUUCCAUCAGCAUGGUAUCAGAUCUCCAAACGGGCUUGACGAGCGCGGCCCUGCUCAAGAUGCGUCUCGAGCGUGAUGAGAACAACGCUCCCCGCAUACCUGUCCUGCUGCAGUACUUGCGGGUCCAAGUAACGGACACGUUCAACUCGCAUAGCUCCGGUCACCAUGUGUACCGCAUAGAGCUCAGCUAUGGGUACGGCAUGGUAUCCUGGGUGAUUUAUCGGGAAGUGCGUGACUUUUUCAACCUUCACGCAUACUAUCGGACGCACAGCGUAGCCAAUACGCUGUACAAGUCCUUCUCCUCCGAAGCAGACUCGGAAGGCGAUCUUCCCAGCUUUCCCAAAGGAAGCUUCACAAAUCGAUUCACUCGGCAGAGGCAGCAGCAGGAUGGCAAAACGGCCCAGGAGCAUCAAGAUGCACAGGAACGCACGUACCGCCAGGCACUCACAGACUACCUGCAGAAACUGAUCAAGUUUGCCAUGUUUCGCUCAGAGGCAAACCGUCUAUGUCGCUUCCUCGAAAUCAGUGCCAUGGGACUGCAAGUGGCGUCUCUCGAUGGCUACCUUGGAAAGCAGGGAUACCUGCAAAUCAAAUCAAAAAGUUCGUGGCGCGACACUCAAUCCCUCGUACAAAGACCCAAGCGCCGCAUCCCUAAAUGGUUCAUUGUACGCGAGAGCUAUAUCAUCAUUGUGGAAGAGGCCCAUAGCCUGCGCCUGUACGACGUGUUUCUCAUGGAUCAAGAGUUCAAGGUCGUUCAAAAACACACAUUACGUCCUGCGUCUUUGAAGCAUGCACCAAAAAACGAGGUCGAGGAAGACAAGGAAGGCAAGCUAGCGUGGCCCGAGACGCAUCACACUUCCACAGGGACGAUCGGUGACUAUGUCAGGCGGCACCGAUUCAACUUGUACAACGCGGAACGCAAGCUGAAACUGACGGCCAAGAAUGAGCGCGAGUUGGAGCAAUUUCUGCUCAGCAUCCAGUGGGCCGCCCAUCAUAAUCCCUUCGGAAAACAGACGCGAUUCGGUAGCUUUGCGCCGAUUCGUCGUUGCGCCGCCGUCCAAUGGCUGGUGGAUGGCCGUGAUUACUACUGGAACUUGUCCGAGGCAUUGCUGCACGCUCGUGAUUGCAUCUAUAUCCACGACUGGUGGCUCUCUCCAGAAAUGUACUUGCGCCGCCCAGGCACACCCGAAUGGCGCCUCGAUCAUUUGCUGCAGAAAAAGGCAUCGGAAGGUGUCCUUGUCUAUGUGAUUCUCUACAACGAAGUAUCAAAUCAGUUUACGCCCACAGAUUCGGCGUACGCCAAGUCGCGCCUCAUGGAAUUACACCCUAAUAUUGUCGUGCAACGCUCUCCCAGCCACUUGAAAACAGGUACCUUUUAUUGGGCACAUCAUGAGAAACUCUGCGUCGUGGACCAGAUGGUGGCUUUCAUGGGUGGAUUUGACCUAUGCUUUGGUCGUUACGACACACCAUCUCACCCGCUCGUGGACGAUGCGGCCAUGGGUCCAAGCACUACCACGGACCCAUCGCUCUUAGGACCCGCGUUAGACGGCGCCGAGGCUCAUAUCUGGCCCGGACAGGAUUAUGCGAACGAGCGCAAAGUCGAGUGGCAGAUUCUCACAAAGCCCGAGAUGGAUUUGUUGCCACGGGACAAGGUGCCACGCAUGCCGUGGCAUGAUGUCGGCGUUCAGAUUCUAGGUCAGCCUGCGCGUGAUCUUUGUCGUCACUUUUGCCAACGAUGGAACAUGUUACUCCGAUCCAAAAAGCACACUCGGCGUAUGGAUUUCUUGCUCCCGCCGUCCGACCUUACAGAGGAUGAGGUAAGGCGCUUUGGUGUGCAAGGCACAUGCGAUGUGCAGAUUUGCCGCUCAGGUGGUCCCUGGAGCUUAAGCACGCCCAAAACGGUAGAACAUUCCAUCCAAAACGCGUACCUCAAAGCCAUCGAGCAAAGCGAGCACUUUGUGUAUGUGGAGAACCAGUUCUUUGUCACGUCCACGGUCAUGGAAAGCACGGAAAUCGAAAACAGCAUUGGUCUUGCGCUGGUAGAGCGUAUUGUGCGUGCUCAUCGCGAGCGUACGCCAUGGCGGGCCAUCAUUUUGAUUCCAGCCACGCCUGGUUUCCCGAUGGAGUACGACCAUCCGGAAAGUGGGUCCGUGCGAAUUAUCUCGGCCUUGCAGUACUUGUCGAUCGCACGUGGACCCCACUCGAUCUUCGCGCGUCUCGCGUCCGUGGGCAUAGAUCCACAUGCCUACAUUGGCUUUUAUUCCCUACGCCAAUGGGGUCGAAUGCGCCAUGGCCAAUUGGUCACAGAACAAGUGUACCCUCAUGACAAAGUGAUGAUCGUCGACGAUCGCCUGGCCAUUAUUGGCAGUGCCAACAUCAAUGAGCGCAGUCAACGCGGCGACCGAGAUUCAGAAUUGGCGUGUGUUGUACAAGACCAUGAUAUGCUGAUGAGCCGCAUGGCUGGUGAGGCAUUUCAAGUGGGUCGGUUCCCACACACGUUGCGCAUGCGACUGAUGCACGAGCAUGUGGGUUGGGACUUGGAUGCUAUGGAGCGGGGUGAAAAUGUACAGAUAACGCAAGACCCACAGCCCCAGGUCGUACCCAAAUGUUUGCUCGACCCCGUGGCACAGUACGACGUGUGGAAGGCUGUGGCCACACACAACACCGUCAUAUACCGCCAAGUGUUCCGCUGUGUGCCAGACGACGAAAUCAAGGCUUGGGCGUCGUACAAAGUGGCCAUGCAGCAUCAUGACCGUGUAGGACGUUCUGUCACAGACGGCUCAGCGCCUAACGGCACCGACCUGUUUCCUCCGGAGCAAGUCGAGAACAUGGCUGCUCAGCUGCAGCGAUGUUGCGGUACUCUCAUUCAACAUCCCACGGAGUUUCUGGAGCACGACGCCAUGCGCGGUAACUAUUUAUUCGCCAAAGACCACAUAAAUCCACUCAUCGUUUUCGACUAG